AUGUCUUUUGCUGAACUGUACGUGCUCGCCUCCAAGGUGCGCUCCAAGCUCACGCGACAGGCCGCCAACCCAAAGGCCUCUCUCCGUUCCCUCGUUCUCCAGGCCAACAUGUUGGACAACUUGAUGGACCACAUUGCGGUUGAGUCUGACAAGAGGAAAGCCGCUCCACCUGCAAAGGUUUCCUUUGCUUUGCCCGAGAAGCCCCAGGCCCCACUGGUGGGCCCUUCCGUCACCGAGUACGAGGUUGACUACGACUCUGCUUCUGAUGACGAUGACGACUACGACUUUGACGACUUCAAUGAGGGCACACACACCGUCUACUACCUGUCUGAGUCCGACUCUGAUUCAGAUUCCGACGACUACUACUACCUGUCCGACGAGGAAGAGGAGGAGGACUUGACCCCUUCCCUGCUGUACAGACACUUGCCCACCAUCGACCUUUCCGACAUGCAUCUCCACCGCAGCCUUCUGGUGAUCGAGGAGGAGACCGAAGAGAUGCCUGAGUUGGCCAGAUCCAACCUGACGUCCGACUCCGACUCGGAAAUCGAGGAUGUUGCCCACGCUGCUGUUGUCAGCGUGGCCGACGAGGAGCACAUUGUCAAGGCCCCACCCAAAGCCCCAACCCAGACUGCUUCAGAUGUUUCUGCAGUGAGUCAUCCACAUAUCGCCCGCCACCUGAGACAUAACGCCGUGUACCUGAUGGAACACGUCUUCUAG